CGGAACAACUUCUCCUUACAUCGUCCGCCGCCCGUCUCCUUCCUCAAAACCUCGACUCAAUCAUCGCCGGAUCUACCUCACCUUUUCCGUCGGUUGUAAACUCCUGUGCCGAUUGCCUGGUUUUCGAUUUUAUGUGGUUGUAUGUUUCCGCCAAUAAUCCACCAUCUCGAUUCUGAUUCUCGCUUGACCAUUUUGCUAUUUUUGCCUCAAGGAUUUCACCAGAAUCAGAGAGCUUUGCUGCAUUUCAGAUUUUGGAAAUAGGCGGUAAAAAUAUGGGAAGGCUAAAGUUUCUUUGGGAUACCACUAAGUACAUUUUUACCGGGGGCCUCAUUGGCAUUACCGUGUCCGAUCGUUAUGCCAGUCUAAUUUCCGUUAAAGGCAUCUCUAUGUAUCCAACAUUUAACCCUCAUGGAGAUGGACCAUUGACUCGGGACUGUGUUUUAUUGGAGAAACUAUGCCUUGAAAAGUACAAGUUUUCUAAAGGUGAUGUGGUGGUCUUCAGAUCUCCUUCUGAUCACCAUAAGAGAAACAUCAAAAGGAUAAUAGGGCUACCUGGUGAUUUGAUCAGUACACAAGAAGAUUCAUAUGAUGCAGUGAUUGUACCAGAAGGCCAUUGCUGGGUCGAAGGUGACAAUGCACCUCACAGCUUAGACUCGAGAUCUCAUGGACCUGUCCCUUUAGGUUUAAUUUGUGGCAGGGUCACGCACAUUGUCUGGCCACCUCAAAGAUUUGGUAGUGUAGAAAGAAGACUUCCUCGAGGCAUUCCUCCAUUAUAAAACUGCUUUCUUGCCGAAUUUGUCAUUCUUCGCGUAACGCCCCCUUUUUCUCACUUGUUGUAACUAGUAGAGUAGAUUGAAAUACACCCAGUAGGAGAUGAAUAAUUAUAACAAUCUCAUUUUGCCUCUGCAUUGCACGAGCCAUACCCAGAGACUUCAAAUGUGUUUUAGAGGCUGAAGCAUCUCCAGUUUUCGUUACUAUUCAGUGUUCUCUGCUUGCAGACAUUAUUUGGUGUUAUUUUUUGGAAAAAAAUAUAUAUUUUCCGCUUGAAAAUAUCCUAGAUUGGAAAACCCUGGUACUUGUAUUUGUUAAUGUAAAUCAAUCAAUAAAGGGAUUCUUCCAUU